CUCCACAGGUUCAUUGCAAUUUUUUGUGCAAUCCUCAAAUGGAGUGGCUUGCUAAAACUUUGUUUCUUCCCUUUCUGCUGCAACUGUUGGUGUUACUGCCAAUUGCGAUGGCAGAAGCUAAUGUAAAACCGAAAUGGGUGCUACAGAAUGAGACUACUGAUGGAGCGUCGCCAUGGCUCAGGAAUGCAGCAAAUCCGAGGCCAAGACCUGGUGGAUGCAUGUUCAGGCCGUGGAUAUGUGAACAGGGAGAACAUCCGCCAACAGCUCGGAUGCGUUGUUGUAGGAACCGAUGUGUUGACCUUAACUCUGAUGAUGCUCACUGUGGCUUAUGUGCGCUUAGAUGUCCAUUUACUUGGCAAUGCUGCAGGGGGGUCUGUAUUAAUACGAAUAUUAGUCCUCUGAAUUGUGGUCGCUGUGGAAACCGAUGCCCAUUUAGGGUUCAAUGCUCGUUUGGGAUGUGUGGAUAUGCACAGCCUCGUCCAUUCCCUCCUCGCCCACCACGACCAUUCCCUCCUCACCCGCCGCGACCGGUCCCUCCUCAUCCACCACGACCAUUCCCUCCUCCUCAUCCUCAUCGCCCUCAGCCAACACCAUGCCCUCCUACGCAGCCAGGGCCACCGCCCAGGACUUGCCCUCCUGGUUUGCCUCCGCCCCUAACAGGUGAUCAUUCACCAUCAAGGAGUUGAAGUUGUUGAACAGAAUCCAGUUAAAGAUUCAACUUAUAUAUGCACUAUCUGCUUGCUUUCUUCACAAAAGGGAAACUAAAAUAAAUGCCUUGUAUACGUUACGAUAGAACUCCCCAGUUGUUUGCAUUUUCCUGAAAUUUUUAUUAAGAAAACUGUUUGGUGUUUUAAA